AUGCAGAGCAAUCAGACACAGAUCUCUGAAGUCAUCCUCCUAGGGUUCCAGACUGACCCAGGCCUGGAGUUGCUCCUGUUUAGAUUCUUCUUACUAUUCUGCAGCCUCACCUUGGUGGGACAUGGGGUCAUCCUGGGGCUCAUCUGCCUGGAUUCAAAGCUGCACACCCCCAUGUACUUCUUCCUCUCACACCUGGCCAUUGUUGACAUGUCCUACGCUUCAAGCACGGCCCCAAAGAUGCUGGCAAAUCUUGUGAUGCACAAAAAGACUAUCUCCUUUGCCCCAUGCAUACUGCAGACAUUUUUGUAUCUGGCUUUUGCUGUGACAGAGUGCAUGGUAUUGGUGGUGAUGUCCUAUGACCGGUACGCUGCCAUCUGUCACCCCUUCCAGUGCACUCUCAUCAUGAGCUGGAGGCUGUGCACCGUCCUGGCUGCCACUUGCUCGAUAUUUAGCUUCCUCUUGGCCUUGGUCCAUAUCACUCUUAUUCUGAGGCUGCCCUUUUGUGGGCCACAAAAAAUCAACCACUUUUUCUGUCAAAUCAUGUCAGUUUUUAAACUGGCCUGUGCUGACCCUAGACUAAACUACAUUGUCCUCUUUGCAGGUUCUGUGUGUGUCUUAGUGGGGCCCCUGUGCCUGGUGCUGGUCUCCUACACCCGCAUCCUGAUGGCCAUCCUGAGGAUACAGUCAGGGGAGGGCCACAGAAAGGCCUUCUCCACCUGCUCCUCCCACCUCUGCAUGGUGGGGCUCUUCUUUGGUAGUGCCGUUGCCAUGUACAUGGCCCCCAAGUCCAGCCAUUCUCAAGAGCAGAGAAAGAUCCUAUCACUGUUUUAUAGCCUGUUCAACCCUGCACUGAACCCUCUGAUCUACAGUCUGAGGAAUGCCGAGGUGAAGGGUGCCUUAAGAAGAGUACUUUGGAAACAGAGAUCCAAGUGA